AUGCCCGAUUCCUUAGCCAUUUUGAUAAUGGUUAGUUUUAAGUCUAGAAUAUUUUAUCAGAGCACAUAUGCAAAUUUUUACUUCUUUAAAACCCGUGAGAGCAAACCGUCGGGCAAGAAAUGGGCGGGUCAAAGUGAUCUAGCACUAGGGCGACUGCUUCCCCCUAUCUUAGUUGUUUCCGGUCUCUUUGGAACGAUUGCCAGAUUCUUCGAAACUGGUCCCUUCUGCAGUUAUUGGGAUGAUUACAUAUAUCCAACAUGCCGCGAUUACUUCUGGAAAGACAUUUUGAUGCUCAACAAUUUCAACUUAGAAGAUUACGUUGGAUCUUGUCUGGGACAAUGCUGGUACGUCUCUGUGGACACCCAACUAUAUCUUGUUGCACCUUUGUUCAUCUUGCCUCUGGUGUAUAAAGAGAAAUCAGGAAAAAUUUGGCUUUAUUUCGUGACUUUGAUGUCGGUAAUGAUCCCGGCCCUCAUCAUCUAUGUCAACGACCUUCCUCCUUCUAAUGUUAUGGUUGGCGAAAAAGGAGGAGAGUAUUUCGAGAAAGUGUAUCUGAAGCCGUGGAGUCGUGCCGGACCGUGGGUGGUAGGGAUAUGGCUGGGUUACAUCUUUCACAAACAAGGCAAGGAGAGGUUCGUCCUUAAACAGUGGCAGGUUGUGGCUGGCUGGAGUUUGUCAACGAUCGCAGCUCUGCUUGUUCAGUUUGGAAUGUAUAGCUAUAACAUUAUUCCAGCUAAAGCAAUGUAUGAGAUCGUGACUCAAGUUACGUAUGGCGGCUUCCAAAGAAGUGUAUGGGCGGCAUGUUUGGCUUGGAUAGUCUUUGCCUGCCACAACGGCUAUGGAGGGUUUGUGGAUGGAAUUCUUUCCCACCCUGUUUGGCAGCCUUUGAGCCGCCUUACCUAUAGCCUUUACCUUGUCGCUCUCCCCAUGCAGAGUGCUAUUACGUUUACCGCCAGGACACAUUUCGUAUUUUCUUAUAUUAGUAAGAUUUUCGAGACUACAGGUGCAAUGUUCAUAUCAGGUGUUGUGGCUGUGCUAGUUUCUCUGUCAGCAGAGUCCCCUGUCCUCGGCCUGGAGAAAUUACUGUUAAAACGGCCUGCUCGGAGUGUCGAUCGAAAGGUUGCCAAGACAACAGACAGACUCCUGCCAGAAGACCAGAUUGACACUAUGUGCAAGAAGGAUUCAAGUGCAGGUGAUAUUGAAAUGGAUAUUAAAGGAAAUGACAAUAAAUCCUUUGCCACUGAGGUGGAUACUAAUUUGUAGUUCUAGUUACAUGAUUGUAAUUCAUAUUUGAAAGAGAAUAAAUCAAAAUGAUUGAAAGGGACCAAUAUUGUACACUCGUGUUUUAUGAUUAUGAAGUUUAGGUAUUAAAUGGUACCGAGGAAUCAAAUAUGUAUAUACAGCAAGCUCAAUGAGCAAAGUUAGUUCUGAGCUCAAUACUUGUCUGUGAAUUGCUGUGUGAAUAAAGUUUCUGUAAUUGUCAAAA